UGUAGAUUGUCGAUGUGCUUUUUUUUUUGUUUGCAUUACUUUAUGGCUAAAUUAAUAAAUUAAUUUUGGGACAAAUGACAAAUCACUUCUCGACUCCACUCAAAAGAAAUAAACGUAAAGGCAUAAAAGAAUCGUUAACUAGACUAAGAACAAGCCCAAUUAGUAUUUGGGACAAGAUAAAAAGCCCAUUAUGGUUAGUGGGCCGAUUUUAUUUACAACACUGAGAUAGAUAAAAAGUCACCAUCUCUCUCUCUCUGAAUCGUCUCGAAGAAGCAAAAGGAAAGUUAGAUUCCAAAGAUUCAAAAUUUGAACUUUAGAGAGAGAGAGAGAGAGAGAGAGAGAGAGAGAAAGGGGUAAUGGCGACGACGGCGAAGAAUAUGAAGGGUUUCUACAAGCAGACGAAGAGCAACAUCACCGGAGGAAUCUCAAAGUCCAAGCCUUCUUCCCGUAAAGUCUCUCCCAAACACGCGGCCACCCAGGGCUCCGAUGCUACCCAGCCGGCGGCGUUGAUUUCUCACGGCUCCCUCGAUGUCAAAGAUGGUUAUGACGAGAAGGAGGAGAUGCUUAGGCAAUUUGAUAUGAACAUGGCUUACGGUCCGUGCGUGGGUAUGACGAGAGUUGAUCGAUGGGAACGUGCUCUGCGUCUUGGGAUGAAUCCUCCUAAUGAAAUCCAGAGGGUUUUGAAAACGGAGAAGGUUCAGCAGGAUUGUCUGUGGCAAGGUCGUGUCUAAAGAUUCAAUCUUUUUUUAAUCUAUGCUCCCUUGUAUUAUCCAGUGUCACUUUGCAAAACUCUCGUCUUUUGUGAAUGUUUGGUUCAGCCACUGGCUGGAUCACUCACGUUUAUGUUUUAAUCUUAAAAACCUUGGUAAUGGAAUGCAUUUUGUUGUUCAAAAGUUUCAAAUUAUAAUCUCAUUAUGACA